AUGUCCGAAUCACCUCCGCCUCCGUCUUGGAGCAUCAGCAAUAUGGCCAACAGUGCUGCGCAGUUCAUGCGACUACCCGUUUUGGCCUCUUCUGGUCUGGCCGUGGUUGCAAGUGGACUGCUAUAUUUUAAGCAGAAUGAACUAAUCUACCCCCGCAAUGUCCCCGUGGAUGCACGUACGAAUGUCCCCAGCCCUCGCCAAUUCGGCAUCACCGACUUUGAGGAUCUGCAAAUCCCCACCCCCGACGGCGAGUCCUUGCAUGCGCUCUUCUUGCGCCAGCGACCUGGCCGAUUCGCUCGCAAUGUGACUGUCUUGAUGUUCCACGGAAAUGCUGGAAACAUCGGCCACCGCGUUCCCAUUGCCAAAGCUUUGCAGGAUACGCUCCAGUGCAAUGUUCUCCUACUGGAAUAUCGUGGAUAUGGAAUGUCAACUGGCACACCAGACGAGGUAGGCCUCAAGAUUGAUGCUCAAACGGGCCUUGAUUACCUGCGAAAGCGCGCCGAAACACGAGACACAGAACUUAUUGUCUACGGACAGAGUCUUGGUGGCGCCGUGGCUAUCAACCUUGUUGCGCAUAAUGAGGAGCAAGGAGAUAUCAGUGGGCUUAUUCUGGAGAACACAUUCCUCAGCAUCCGCAAACUGAUCCCUAAUGUAUUUCCCCCCGCGCGUUAUCUGGCGCGUCUCUGCCAUCAAUAUUGGACCAGUGAAGACAUUCUACCUAAGAUUGAGAAGACUCCCAUUCUUUUCUUAAGUGGACUCAAAGACGAGCUUGUCCCCCCCUCGAAUAUGGCCCAAUUAUUUGCUGUUUGCAAGACUCAGUCCAAGUUCUGGCGCACACUCCCGAAUGGCGGCCACAAUGACUCCGUUGCUGAACCGGGUUAUUUCGAGCAUAUUCACUCCUUUGUGACAGAAGAGGUGUUGAAACAUAAAAACUAA